UCUAAUUACGAAUGGAUAUAGUUUGUCCUACUGGAGCACCGGUAAGAAAAAGCCGAUCCAUCUUCCUUGGGAUUGGAUGUUGCCGUAGUUACACUUUGUUUGGAGCCUCUGGGCGCUGUCUUCCAACCGAGCCCAGGAAUUGAGCUGCUGGGCAAUGGAAGACAAUGACUCUGAUGAUGCAAAGCUCAAAGAAGAAAUAGAAGCCGAGUUGGAUAAAAUCAGCAUUACUUCCUUGGAAAAAGAUGAUAUUGAUAGUGAUUCAAAAUCAGAAACCCAGAGUGAUGAUAGUGAUAAAGAUUUAGAUGAAUUACCUGAGUCAGUUCUUCAUUGUAUUAACAUCAUAAAGAAUAAGAGUAAAACAGCUGAAGAACUCAUUCUUCAGGACUUAGAAGAUACUGAUGUUUUAAGCUGUAGUUAUGGAGCAACUUCUAAUAAUCAUAGGCAUUUAAGGAUAGAAUUAUCAACUGAAUGUAAAGAAAAUCCAGGCCAAUUAAUGAAGAUAUUAUCUGAAAUAGAAAAGGAAGAAUUUCUGAGAAGUAAAACCCAGUGUGGCAGUCCUGAGUCUGUUCCAGAGCCUGGUCCUCAUGACUUGCUUGUAGAUGAACAUGUUUUGCCAGAUGAUGGUGAAAUAAAUUUUGGAUACUAUGAAGUGGAGGAAAGAUGUAGGCAAUCUUUUGAGGCGUGGCAAGACAAACAAAAAGAACUAGAAGACCAAGAGAAAGAAACACUCAAAGCUCAGAGGCAGAGAGAAGAAAAGCAAUUUCAAGAAGAAGAAGAAAAGAGACAUUCCUGGAUGAAACAAUUUGAAAUUGAAAAGAAUAAAUUAGAGGCUAUUCAGAAGCAAGAACAGGAGAAGAUGAAUGAUGAACUCCAUAAAGAAGAGAAAAUGUGGAAAGAGAAAUUUAAACAGCAUGAGGAGUUUAUUAGAAACUUGCACUUACAAAUGGAAGAAGAAAGAACACGAUUUAAAGAACUACAGGAAAAAGAAAAAAUACGUUUGUUAAAACUGCAACAUAAUGCAGCUGUAAAAAUUCAAGCUAAAUAUAGAGCAUUUGUGGCCUACCAAAAAUAUGGCCCAAUUAUAAAAGAACAAAUAGAAAAUAAGAAAAGGAAAGCACUAGAGUGGAAAGAAAUGGAAGCAAAAAUACGACAGAUGGAAGAAGAAAAACGAAAAAAAUUAGAGGAGGAACAAAGAAUAGAAGAAGAGAUAGAAAGGCAGAAGCAAAAGGAAAGAAAAAGGAGAGAGGAAGAAUAUGAAGAAAAAAAGAACAUCUUGAGACAAGAAAAAGAGCAACUACUAAACAAAGAAAAAUUAAGAUUAAAAGAAGAGAGAAGACAACAGCUAAUGAUAAGUAGAGCAUUAAAAAAUGGAGAACGUAAUGCCAAACAUUUAACUGUCAAAGAUACAUCAGAGAAUAAGGAUGAUAUAGUCAAAAAGCUAGGGGAUGAAAAGUCAAAGAAGUGGGAAGAUGUUCCCCUUUGGUUAGUUGAAGAAUCAAAUAAGGGAGAAAAUGUAGAUAGACAGCUUGUAUUCAAAGAAUCAAUACAAGUGCAAUUAAAAGAGUCUAUAUCAAGCGAAGCAAAUUUGGCAGAAUUUAAAAUAGAAGAAAAAAAUGAAAAGCUAGCAAAACAACAAUGUUCAGAAAAAUUGGUCAAGCAAGAAAGAAAAUAUGAAAAUAUAGACAAAAAAUCUGAAUUGGAACAUCCAGAUCUAAAAGAUAAUGUGCAAGAACAGUUUCCACUGCAAAAAUUAAAGUCUCCAAUACAAAAAGAAGAAACCUUGAAGCCUACCAUAAAUAAUAAUAUGAUACAAGAAACCAAAAUGAUAAUAUUAGGACAUAAUCAAGAAAUUAAUGAGGUGAAAAACAACGAAGCACAGAAAAUAAUCAAAGAUAAUCAACAGAGUAAGAUAGGAAAAGUAGAAAAAGAAGAGAUAUUAGAACAGAAUGGAACAUUAUAUGAAGAGAAUAACAGUUCAGUGAUUUCAAUGAAACAAAAACAAAUUUCAAUGAAACUAGUAUUACAAAAUUCUGAAAAUAUAGGGGGAAAUGUAAUACCACAAGAAAAAGCUACUGAUGUAAAAUCUAAAGAAACUGAGGAGAACCCCAAAAGCAAUGCUCUGAGUAGUGACAUGAUUUUCAAUACUAGUGAUGCUAUGAUAAAUGUAGAAUGCAAAAUAACCAAACAAAAUUUUAUUUUAGGUAGACAUACUCCUUGUAAAGACGUGGAUGGCUAUAACACAAAAAACUCCUUGAUUUUUAAAGAAGUAAACUCUCUGAAGUCUCCGAUUAAAGGAAGUGCAGAAGAAUGUCAUGAAAAUGGAGCUGAAUGUGAAAGUAUGGUGACCUGCUCUGUACCAGAGCCAACACUUCUAUCUUGUAUCGAAGAAAAGAGACGAGCUUGGAUAAAAUCAUUUAAACCCUGGUUUGAAAUUUUAAAGCAAAAUCAACAAAAAAAGAUUGUUAAGAGAAAAAGACUUGUAAAAUGCCCAGCUGACAUUAUGCCCCCUUUGAAUACACUAGAAAUUCUUCAGUGUGGCCCUUGCAAUACUUUACAACAGGUUACAACAGUUACAUUUCAAGAUUUGCCAGGUUGUAGUCUUUCCAUACUGGCAGAGUGUACAAAUCUUCAGUUUCUGUCUCUUCAACGCUGUGGAUUAACUUCUUUGCAUAGCCUGAGUAACUGCAAAAAACUGAAAUAUGUUGAUGUACAGGAAAAUAAUAUUGAGACUAUCAACUGUGAAAAUUUGGAAAAUCUUUGUGUUGUUCUUCUUAAUAAAAAUCAACUGACUUCUUUUCAUGGUUUCGAUGGCUGCACUAAUAUCCAGAAUCUUGAACUAUCACAUAAUAAAAUCACUCGAAUUGGUGGUUUAGAAUCUUUGAAAAAUCUUCAGAAACUAGUUGUGGACCACAAUCAAUUAAUCAGUACGAAAGGUCUUUGCAAUACUCCUACCAUUAUAUACCUGGAUUGCUCACAUAAUCAUCUUACUGAAGCUGAGGGGAUUGAAAACUGUGGAUUGCUCCAAAUACUAAAGUUACAGGGAAAUUAUAUAAGUGAGCUUCCAUCCUUAGCGAAUCAUGUUCUACUAAGAGAAUUGUACUUGGAUGAUAACAGCAUUUCAACUGUAGAAGCACUUUCUUCAUUUUGGCUGCCUUUACUACAGAACUUGACUCUUUCUCAGAACAGCUUGACAAAAAUCAUACCACUUUUUCAUUUUGUUUCUCUGGAAAAGCUAGAUGUCAGCAACAAUUGUCUUUCUGAUCUUACAAGUGUCAUAAAUGGGUUUAAUGCAUGCUAUUCUCUGUGUGAAUUGACUCUCAUGGGAAAUCCACUUCUUCAAGAAAUAAACUGGAGGCACUCUCUGCUUAAAACGUUACCUGCUCUAAGAAUCCUCAAUGGUGAAAUGCUAAACUCUUUUUCAAAAAGCCACACUGAAGAACACUAUGAACUAGAAUUGGAACGAUUCCGAAUACUUUGUCAGUCCCAGAUUAGAGAAUUCAAAUUACUAAUUGAAAACUAUGUUACCGGAAAUGGAAAUAUAUUCACCUUGGAUGCUGCAGAAAAUCUCUGUCGUUUUUUUAAGAAAUUGAUGACACUGAGUAAUGAAUACCGAUAUGCACAUGAACACGGGGAUAUAAGUUUUGCCAAGACAGAUGAAUCAGAAGCCCAGCAAAAUCAUUUGGCUCCUACAGACAGUGAAAGCAUACUGCAGAAUGGAGUUCUCCAUUCUUGUGCAAAUGAACAUAAACUGAACUCACCAAAUAUUUCUGAGAAGUGCAUGGACUCUGAUUCUGGUCAUUCUCCAUUAACCAACUCCUCCUUGUAUGAAGACAUGGAAGGAAUAAAUCAGGAAAAAACAGACAAGAAAAGAGAAGACAGUAGGGCAAGAAGUAUCCCCAUCAAAAGAAUUACAUUUGAGGAAACAGUAAUGACAAGUUCUCUACUGAGAAAUCACCCAAAUAUUGAUCAUUGUGAAAAAAUUAUGGCAGCUACGAUAAUCCAGGCAUACUGGCGUGGUUACAUUGUGCGCAGACAGAUUCAUUUCUCUACAAAGCGACAUACUGCGGCAACAGGACCCAUGGGAUCCCGUCCAAAUUCCUGCAUCAAGAAUCAAACUAUUGUAAAGAAAGAAAACAGAGAAAAUAUUGAGACUAUCCAAGAACAAAGGGAAAAGGCUGCUAUUCUUAUUCAGGCCAUUUGGAAGGGCUUUCUUUUGCGAAAGAAACUGACAGCGGCUCUAGAAGCUAUUAAGAAUGACGAAUCUGAAGAAGAAUAUGAAGAAAUAGAUUUAGAGGAUUUUACAUUUGAUGAAGCUGCCUUAGAAAAAGAAUGGCCAGCUUUAGAUUCCGCCCGCUUCCCUUCACAAACACUGCUUCUCCCAAACCAGCUGCACUGGCCAAAGUUCUCUGGAACCUUAAAUUAUGAUGACACUUCACUUAAUUUACCAAGUCAUCCAGCUCAAGCAUGGCUAUGUAAUGAGAAGGAAAAUGUGUUUUCAUCGGAACACACACAGUUUAAUGGCAGAUCAGAAAAUAGAACUUUAUCCCAGACACCUGAAUCAAAGACCAGCAGAAAGAGUUUGCUAAAAUCUGAAAAGGAGGAAAAAAUUUCAGAAGAAUGGGGCUUUAAAGAUAUUUCUACUGCUCAGCAAAUGCUGAAGAGAGCACAGAAUAUGAAAUCAAAGAAAUUAAGGAAAAAAUUGGAUCCCACUGUGCACCUAGCAUUAUUCAGAAACAACAAAAGUAAAGUUUCUGUUACAAAGUCACCAAAGAAGACACAACCCAGAAGAGAUGGUUACUUUGAAGGUAAGGAAGAAGAAUUUAUCCACAAGGAUACCAUGUCACAUGAAAAAUUAGAAAGGAAUCAAGAAUAUACAUACCAAUGGCUUCACACACAGGUUGCAGUUCAUGAAACAACUAGUUCCAGAAAUAUAGAAUGCAAUCAUUUCUUGCCUGAGUUAGAUCCAGAUGUACUUAAUGGUGGAAGAGUUCAGCUUGUGAAGGAAGACUAUCUUAACAGAAGAAGAAUGGCCAAUAUGAAGUCUAGAGAAAUGGAGCCCAAAAAACAGGAAAUUUUCAGUGUGCUUCCUGAAAUUUCCAGAGAAGAGGGUACCUUGGCCAGUGACACAAGUGUGUGGCUUCCUUGGCAGGCACGACUUGUAAGCAGAGAAGACACAGAUUUAGACCUUUUUUCCAUGACCAGUGGAAGUGCUUUGUCUGUGAAGAGAGAGAAAAAAAAUCAGGCACACAGACACUCAGCGGGAUCUUCAAGUUUUUCAAUUAAAGGAAUACUUGGACCAAUGAUAACAAAUUCAGGACCUUCUAAGAAAGAACGCAUGUCAUUCCGUGACAAUCCUGUGCAUCUCAGUGGUGGAUGGGGGAGUGGCAAGAAGAAGGAGAAACCUUCACACUAAUCCUUCAAGCUUCAGCAAAUGGCACUCUAUUUCUUUUCAAGAGGUCUGUGAAUAUCUGGUCAGGUUACCAAUUGGAUACAAGGUUUUAGACUACUGUAUUUCAGCUGCAUUAUUAUGCAUAGUUCAUAAUUUUGUUUUAUGGUGAGUUAUCCUAUUUCCCAUCUGUAAAAUACAGUUUUGCUUCUGUUCCUGUAUUGAUGGAGAAUGGCCUCCAGAAAUUAGUUCUUGAAAUAUUGCAAUAGAAUUUGCAUAUCCAAUUUCUUCUUUUGUUUAAAAUUUUAUGACAUGCGUUAAAUAUGGCUGUUGUUAUUAAUAAUAAAUUGUAAUAGCA